ACAAAAUUCAAAUCAUUAUAAUAAUCGUUAAAAGUCACAUUCAUGCAACGCAACAAUACCGUAAUUAAAUCAAAAUAAAAAAAUAUAGGUUGCCACUCAACAGCCAUCGUAACACAUCGCACUCACGAAAGAGUGCCGUCUCCAAAGCGAUCCGCUCUAUCGAUAGGCGCAGUCACCGUUUCGGCCACCACUACGCUCGACCUAUUUUCAGUAGCAGCAACCUCAAGAAAAAAGGCAAUAUUUUGCGAAAAAGCGAGCCCCGGAAAAAUCAGUUAACCGAAGUAAGGGACUAUAUUUAUGCAACGCAAAGGAACGACGACGGCGAGAGGAGCAAUCCAAGUGUAAGCAAAUGUGCGCAAAAUGAAAGUGACAAUCAAGUCAUGGACGGGAGUUGCAACUUGGCGUUGGAUAGCGAAUGACGAGAACUGCGGAAUUUGUCGCAUGUCCUUCGAGAGCACCUGCCCGGAGUGCGCGCUGCCCGGUGACGACUGCCCGCUGGUGUGGGGUGUCUUCCAUUGCUUCCACAUGCACUGCAUCGUCAAGUGGCUGAACCUGCAACCGUUGAACAAACAGUGUCCCAUGUGCCGCCAGAGCUGGAAGUUCAACAUACAUUAAACACCA